AUGAUUAGUUUUAGAAGGAUGGACUCUAACAUUGAAUCAAUUACAAAACGCGGUUUUUGAGCCCAUUACAGCUGGAGCUCGAGAGAGAGAAACAGUGGCGGGGACUGCAGGAGGGGACAAGGCCGCGGACACGCUUCUCCAUAUGUAGGAGCCCCACCGCGAGCUGACACCCGAGGGCGAGUUUUCUGCAAUGAUGGGGACAUCCCACUGGGCACUCCUGGUCCUCAGCUGCCUCCUCACAGGGCUGAGCCUCAUCCUCUGCCAGCAUUCAUUACCCACCAUCUUUCCCAGAGAAGAUGAAAAGGUGGUGCAGCUGAAUUCAUCCUUUUCGCUGAAAUGCCAAGGGGAGAGUGAAGUGAGUUGGCAGUACCCCGAAGAAGAGGACCCCAAAGUGGAGAUCAGAAAUGAGGAGAACAACAGUGGCCUUUUUGUGACGGUGCUGGAAGUGGCCCACGCCUCGGCAGCCCACACAGGACUGUACACUUGCUAUUACAACAACACUGUGACCGAAGACGGUGAGGUAGAAGGCAGCCAUGUGUACAUCUAUGUGCCAGACCCAGAUGUAGCCUUCGCACCUCUAGGAAUGACGGACUAUAUUGUUAUUGUGGAGAAUGACGACUCUUCUGUCAUACCUUGUCGCACCACGGACCCCAAAACUGAAGUCACCUUAUUUGAUGAUGGUAUAGUGGUCCACGCCUCCUAUGACAGCAAACAGGGCUUUCACGGGACCUUCACCCUCGGGCCUUAUUACUGUGAGGCCGUUGUCAGAGGAAGGACGUUCCGCACUGACCCGUUUAACAUCUACUCAGUCAAAGCAACACCAGAACUGGAGAUAGAAAUGGAAACUCCUAAGACUGUGUAUAAGGCAGGGGAAACGAUUGUGGUCACUUGUGCUGUCUAUGACAAUGAGGUUGUUAACUUUCACUGGACGUACCCUGGAGAAGUGAAAGGCAAAGGCAUCACAGAGCUGGACGAAAUCAAAGUCCCGACCAUGAAAUUGGUGUACACUCUGACGGUCCACAAGGCCACGGUGAAAGAUAGCGGUGAUUAUGAAUGUACUGCCCAACAGGCCACCAAGGAGGUCAAAGAAGCGAAGAAUGUCACCAUUUCUGUCUAUGAGAAGGGGUUCGUUGAAAUCAGGCCAAACUUCAGCCACCUGGAGACAGUCAGAUUGCACGAAGUCAAACAUUUUGUGGUGGACGUGCAGGCCUACCCCCCUCCCAGGAUAUCCUGGCUGAAGGACAACCUGACUCUGAUCGAAAACCUCACUGAGAUCACUACUGACAUGGAGCAAAUUCAGGAAAUCAGGUAUCAAAGCAAAUUAAAGCUGAUCCGGGCUAAAGAAGAAGACAGUGGCCACUAUACUAUAGUUGUUCAAAAUGAAGAUGAUGUGAAGAGCUACACUUUUGAACUCUUGACUCAAGUUCCUUCUUCAGUUCUGGACUUGGUUGACGACCACCAUGGCUCCACCGGAGAACAGACGGUCAGGUGCACAGCUGAAGGGACACCUCUUCCCAAGAUCGAGUGGAAGAUUUGCAAGGACAUUAAGAAAUGUAACAAUGACACUUCAUGGACCGUUUUGGCCAACAACAUCUCAAACAUUGUCAUGGAGACCCACCCCCUAGGCAGAAGUACCGUGGAGGGUCGGGUGACAUUCCACAAAGUGGAGGAGACUAUGGCAGUGAGAUGUUUGGCUAAGAAUGAUCUUGGAAUUCACUACCGAGAGCUGAAGCUGGUGGCUCCCACUCUUCGUUCUGAACUCACGGUGGCAGCUGCAGUCCUGGUGCUAUUGGUGAUUGUGAUCAUCUCACUUAUUGUCCUGGUUGUCAUUUGGAAACAGAAACCGAGGUAUGAAAUUCGUUGGAGGGUCAUUGAAUCAAUCAGCCCUGAUGGACAUGAAUAUAUCUAUGUGGACCCCAUGCAGCUGCCUUAUGACUCAAGAUGGGAAUUUCCAAGAGAUGGACUAGUGCUUGGUCGUAUCCUGGGAUCUGGUGCAUUUGGGAAAGUGGUUGAAGGAACUGCCUAUGGACUAAGCCGCUCCCAGCCUGUCAUGAAAGUAGCAGUGAAGAUGCUAAAACCCACAGCCAGAUCCAGUGAAAAGCAAGCUCUCAUGUCGGAACUGAAGAUAAUGACUCACCUGGGGCCACAUUUAAACAUUGUGAACUUGCUGGGAGCCUGCACCAAGUCAGGCCCCAUUUACAUCAUCACUGAGUACUGCUUCUAUGGUGAUUUGGUUAACUAUCUGCAUAAGAACAGAGACAACUUCCUGAGCCGACAUCCAGAGAAGCCCAAGAAAGAGCUGGACAUCUUUGGAUUAAAUCCUGCUGAUGAAAGCACAAGGAGUUAUGUUAUCUUGUCUUUUGAAAACAAUGGUGACUACAUGGACAUGAAGCAGGCUGACACCACGCAGUAUGUGCCCAUGCAGGAGAGGAAAGAGGUUUCAAAGUAUUCUGACAUCCAGAGGUCACUGUAUGAUCGUCCAGCCUCCUACAAGAAGAAGUCUAUGUUAGACACAGACGUCAACAACCUCCUGUCUGAUGAUAGCACUGAUGGCCUCACUCUGCUGGACCUGUUGAGUUUUACCUAUCAAGUUGCACGAGGGAUGGAAUUUUUGGCUUCGAAAAAUUGUGUCCACCGGGACCUGGCCGCACGCAACGUCCUCCUGGCACAAGGGAAGAUCGUGAAGAUCUGUGACUUUGGUCUGGCCAGAGACAUCAUGCACGAUUCGAACUACGUGUCAAAAGGCAGUACCUUUCUCCCUGUGAAGUGGAUGGCUCCUGAGAGCAUCUUCGACAACCUGUACACCACACUGAGCGACGUCUGGUCUUACGGCAUCCUGCUCUGGGAGAUCUUUUCGCUCGGUGGCACGCCCUACCCUGGAAUGAUGGUGGAUUCUACAUUUUACAACAAGAUCAAGAGUGGAUACCGAAUGGCCAAGCCUGACCAUGCCACCAGUGAAGUGUACGAAAUCAUGGUGAAGUGCUGGAACAGUGAGCCGGAGAAAAGGCCCUCUUUUAACCACCUGAGUGAGAUUGUGGAGAAUCUGCUACCUGGACAAUAUAAGAAGAGUUAUGAAAAGAUCCACCUGGACUUCCUAAAGAGCGACCAUCCGGCUGUGGCACGCAUGCGUGUGGACACUGACAACGCCUACAUUGGUGUCACCUACAAAAAUGAGGAAGACAAACUGAAGAACUGGGAGGGUGGCCUGGAUGAGCAGAGGCUGAGCGCAGACAGUGGCUACAUCAUCCCUCUGCCUGACAUCGAUCCAAUUCCUGAGGAGGAAGACCUGGGCAAGAGGAACAGACACAGCUCUCAGACCUCUGAAGAGAGUGCCAUAGAGACAGGCUCCAGCAGUUCUACCUUUGUCAAGAGAGAGGAUGAAACCAUUGAGGACAUCGACAUGAUGGAUGACAUUGGUAUAGACUCCUCGGACCUGGUAGAGGACAGCUUCCUGUGACUGUAGAUUUAGGAGGCACCUUCCAUGGAUGCCUUCAAGAAAACCACUUUAUUGCAAUGCAAAGUUUGAGAGGAAGAUUUGGAUGAUGUGGAAGAGGAAUUUCCCAGCCAAGGGCCUCCGGGAGCUUUCUCAAUAUGGAUGAGUGGACUGUUCUGAAGUGAACUUUUCCAGCAUUGCUUCUUGCAGUGCGUCAGUAGCAUCUCAGUGGUGUGUGAAGUUUGGAGUAGUUGGCCAAGGAAAUAAUAGGCCAUGGAAGAUGAACUUUGUGUUUCAAGGGCAUUGAUGAGAUUCCAACACAUACAAUUUUUACAGCAAUAAAACUGCAGCAUUGUAAUUAUGUAAAUAACUCUAACCACAGAUGUGUUUAGAUUUGUAUUAACUAUCUUCUCUGGACUUCUGAAGAGACCACUCAACCCAUCCAUGUACUUCCCGCUUGAAAAUUGGUAUCAGCUGCUGUUGAACUUUCUUAUGAAGUACAUUCAAAACCACUUUUGAACCUUAAAAGGUACUAUAGCAUUUUACCUUUUUAUUUUCUAGUGUUAAAAAAAAGAUAAAAGAAUAAUUCACUAAUCUUGUUUGGUAGAUUUGGGUCAUUUAGAAACCCAGCAACUCAUUUUCAUAUUAUAAUUUACAUUUCUAAUAAUACUACUGUUAUCAGUAAUGCUAAAUGUGUAAUAUCUAACACAUUUUCCCCUGCAGAGAAAGCACAAUUAAAAAAAGCCCUUACCAAGUAGGUGCCAAGUUUGACGUUUUUUGACACUUAUAUUAAAUAACAUAUGUUUCUCUAUAAAAUAUGGUAAUAGUUUUAGUGGAUUAACUUUAGUUGAACAUAGAGAACAAAGUAAAAGUAGUGCUUCCAGGAAGUCAGACUUUUUCUGUGUACUGAAUAGGGACCCUAACAUGCUAUGCUGAAAACAACUGCCCCCAGAUGUCAAAGGAUUUAAAAUUAAAUUCCUAAGUCCCAAGUGUUCUCAACAGAAACACAUAAGCCCAUGCCUGACGUGAUUUCUCAUGUAUUAUCCAAUGAAAAAGCAACCAUUAGCAAAAAGAUUGGAUUUUCAGAGGUUUAUUCAUGCCUGGUGAUAAUAUUGGUGAGUGUAUAUUUAAUUCUACAAACUCUGGAAGCAUUGGAAGGAUACCUUGAACAUAGGCCCCCUACUUUUAUAUAUUACUCCAAAGAGAAAUAAUUUGAAGCUCAGAGACUGUAAAGUCACCACUUAGUGAAGGAUGUAUGUACUUUAGUCUGGAACCUUGAUUCCCAAAUGUAACUGACAACCAGACUCUAAGCACCCAUCAUGGAGUCUGAGUUAUUGAGUCUGUGGGAGGAGGAGCAGGAAUCUACAUUUUUAUAAACUUCUUAGCUGUUCUGAUAAAGUAUGGGAAAUAUCUUAAGUUACAGGAAGUUGCCAUGGGAAACAAAAUAAUUUGCAAUUUGGAAUUGAGCUAGAAGUUUAUAAGAAGCCUACUAUUUAAAUCCUUGGCUUCAGGUCAGUGGCAUUUGAUGCCAUAUAUGUAACAAUUGCCACUCUUAGUUUAACUUUACAGUCAGAGCUGAGGCUGAGAAAAUGAAACCUUGGCUUGGCAGUUUUUCCAAAAACAAAGAUACUGCUUCUCAUUGGAUAGGGAAACUGAAUUUGCCUCCUCUCCAUCCUCCUUCCCCAAAAAGGGAAUGAAUAAAAUGAUGCAAUCCAAGGUAUUAUUUGUAUAACUGGUUUGAUAUUUUGGUGAAAACAAGUUUUGCUGGUAUUUGGGGGUUUGUUAGAAGGACACACUGUGAAGGACACACAUCUAAACUGUCAAAUUAGUUGGUGUGGGUUCAUUGACAUUCAUUGCAAUGUUGUUUAAUUGUUGACAUCAUAUGAAUGAAACAUGGGCUGUGAUUAUGGCAAUCACUCACUGUAUGUGCUCCUAGCAGGUGAUGUUUUGGAAGAUGAGGAAGCAAUAACAAAGUACUUGACUACCUACUGGUGUAAUCUCAGUGCAAGCUCCAACUUUCUUACCCACUUUUUUUUUUUUUUUUUCCCAUAGCAAGUGUGAAGACUGAGCCAGAUUGGCCAAUUAAACAAGAAAACCUGACUCGGUUCUGUAGAGCCAAUUAGACUUGAGAUACAUUUGUGUUUCUAGAAUCACAGCUCAAGCAUUCUGUUUAUUCAUCCCUCUCUCCUGUACAGCCUCCUUUUUUUUUUUUUUUGUUGGUGCUUUGCAACUUGAUGUUACUUUGUAUCUUGUGUGACAUCAUGAGAAUAGAUGAAAAUUCUCAGACCAGCAGGAUCCAGUCCUAACAAAUGUUCCCACCAUGUGUAUGUGAUUGGAUAUUUUUAAUAGUGUUUUCAGUGUAUCACAGAUGUGUUUGCUUUUUCCUCCUGCAAAAUUCCCAGAUGAAAAUUGGCCAGUCCUUCCUUGCUUUCAGUUUUUAUGAAGACAAUCAAAGCUGGCCUGAGAAAUAAAAUUUAUGACUUUCUAAAUGAUGAGUGUUGUCCUUAAAAUGUACAAUCUGUACAAAAUGGUCCUGUUUUUGUGAAGAGGGACAUAAGAUGAAAUGAUGUUAUACAUCAAUAUGUAUAUAUGUAUUUCUAUAUAGACUUGGAGAAUACUGCCAAAACAUUAUGACAAGCUGUAUCACUGCCUUUGUUUAUAUUUUUAACUGUGAUAUUCCCCACAGGCACAUUAACUGUUGCACUUUUGAAUGUCCAAAAUUUAUAUUUUAGAAAUAAUAAAGAGAAAAAUGCAUUAAGUGUUCCCAAAAUGGUGGUGUGGUGAAUGUGUGAGAAGAACUAAGUGGAUAGGAAGGAUCUACCAAUACAAAAUGUAUUACAUAUGCCCCUGUUCAUGUUUUUGUUUUUAAAUGUGUAAAUGAAGAUAUCUAUAUUUUAAUAAAUGAUACAUAUAUAUAUAUAUAUAAUUUAAAGUUA